CCCAAGAAUAAAAGGGACUUCAUAAUGCACUCACAAUGUGCAAUCCAAUCAUACCAUUCUCGUAUAAGCAACACUCUAGGGGUCACCAACCCUACAAAUACUUCUCUCCUCUCUUCCAUCUUCAAAAUUCUUUCCUAAACACACUCUUGAGUUUCAUUUCAUUCAAUAGAAAAAAACAUAUAGCCAUAGCUGCAUUAUUAAACAUGACAAUCACAAUGUCUUUUCAUCUGUUCUUCCUUUGCUUCACAAUGCCCUUCCUUGUAUUUUGUGAUGUUGAAAUGCGUCCAGGUUCUUCAACACAGAUUCUUAGUUCUUUCCAUGAAAACAAAAAUGUGUCCAUAACCAUAACAGUGUCAGAAAAAAAAGCAGAAAAUACUCAUUCCGUCUCUACAAAAUAUUGGUUUCAUGGUUCAUGCACGAAAAGAGAUAUAAGCAUCUCGCAAAGCAAAGGUUCAAGUUCUGGAAUUCCACAAUACAUAGUGCAAAUUAUGAACACUUGUGUUUCUGGAUGUGCACCUCAUGAAAUCCAUCUCCAUUGUGGCUGGUUCGCUUCUGCAAGAAUAAUCAACCCUAGAUUGUUCAAAAGACUCUCUUAUGAUGAUUGUUUGGUGAAUGAUGGAAAACCUUUGAGUUCUAGCCAGAUUAUUAGAUUCACUUAUUCUAAUUCCUUCAUGUACCCUCUUUCAUUCAAGUCUGCUACAUUUUGCUGAAUUCAAGAGAAAUUAUAUAUA